AACUAAAAGAGUUAGAAUGAGUUGUUACCCAAAGACAGAAGCAGCUUUAUUGGUUUGGUUUACACAAAUGCUAAGUAAAAAUUGCUGUCUAAAUGGGCCAGUGAUGUUAGAAAAAGCUAUGUUUUUUAGCCAAACAUUCAAUGAAGGCAUUCCUCCUAGCAGCUGGUUGCAGAGAUUUAGGAAAAGACAGAAUAUAAAUUUUCAUAAUGUUUGCAAUGAAAAGGGGAGUGCAGAUAUUAUUAAUGCAAAUGAAUGGAGCAGAAAUACACUCCCAUCUCUGAUUAAAGAUUAUCAAAGGAGUAAUAUUUACAAUUGUGAUGAGACAGGACUAUACUACCGAGCAUUACCAAAGGGCACAAUGGAAUUUAGUGGAACUCAACCACUGGGCUUCAAACCAGACAAGGAAAAGGUCACAGUUCUAUUUAUCAUAAAUGGGGAUGGAUCUGAUAAAAAUUUAUAUGUUGUAGGGAAAUUUAAAAACCCUAGGUGCUUUAAAAAUAAAAAAUUACCAGUUAAAUACUACUCCAAUAAAAGCAGCUCGAUGACAACCUCAACUUUUGAAGAUAUUCUUAAAGAAUGGGAUUCCUCAUUAAAGAAGAAAAUUUUAUUGUUUUGUGACAAUGCAUCUUGUCACAAAACAAAAUUAACAUUUAACAAUAUAAAAUUAAUUUUUUUACCAGCAAAUACAACAUCAUUAAUUCAACCUUUGGACAUGGGUGCAAUUAGAUCCUUUAAAUGUCAUUAUAGAAAGGGUAUCAUGAGAAAAAUGAUAACAUUGAUGGAAGGAAAUGACACCAUUUCUUUUUAUAAAAGAUUUACACUUUAUGAUAGCCUCUAUCUUAUAAAAUUUGCAUGGGGUGAGGUGACAAGUACCACAAUCAUAAAGUGUUUUAUAAAUUUUUUGAUAAGUCUAUGGCAUUUGAUUAGGAAUCGGAGGAUGAUAUAGCAUUAACUGACAACGAAGAAGAUGAAUUUGAUCCCAUAUUUGAAGAAUAUGUGUUACACAAUGAUGAUGCUAGCUGCCAUGGAAUUUUAGAUGAUCAGGAUAUUUGUAAUCAGAUAAGAUUAGAGUUGGAAGAAGGUUAUGAAAGCUUCGAGAAUGACGAAGGGAACCUAGAGAUAUCUGAUCAUUUAAUUACAAAAAAUCAGGCUCUUAAUGGUUAUUAUACUUUUCUUGAAUAUGCUCAUGAACAUCUAAGGGAUCAAGAUUCACUAAGAAAGCUAGAGAAUAU